GGUUCGAUUCCGGAGAGGGAGCCUGAGAAACGGCUACCACAUCCAAGGAAGGCAGCAGGCGCGCAAAUUACCCAAUCCCGACACGGGGAGGUAGUGACAAUAAAUAACAAUACAGGGCCCUCACGGGUCUUGGCAAGUCUGGUGCCAGCAGCCGCGGUAAUUCCAGCUCCAAUAGCGUAUAUUAAAGUUGUUGCAGUUAAAAAGCUCGUAGUUGAAUUUUGGGUCUGGCCGGGCGGUCCACCUUCCGGUGAGCACUGUUCCGACGCCGGGCCUAUCCUUCUGGUGAGACGGCAUGCCCUUCGCUGGGAAUCGGGCGAUGUUAUUUUAACGACUCGCCCGGCGCCUUAUGGGAAACCAAAGUUUUUGGGUUCCGGGGGGAGUAUGGUCGCAAGGCUGAAACUUAAAGGAAUUGACGGAAGGGCACCACCAGGGCUAGGCUGCUCUUCGAGUGGUCGUCAGCUUCUUAGAGGGACUGUUGCGCGAUUAGCCAACGGAAGUCUGGGUAAUCUUGUGAAACUUCAUCGUGCUGGGGAUAGAGCAUUGCAAUUAUUGCUCUUCAACGAGGAAUCCCUAGUAAGCGUGAGUCAUCAGCUCGCGUUGAUUACGUCCCUGCCCUUUGUACACACCGCCCGUCGCUACUACCGAUUGAACGGCUUAGUGAGACUCUCGGAUUGGCUUAUGGUAGCUGGCAACAGCUUGCCGUUGGCUGAGAAGUUAGUCAAACUUGGUCGUUUAGAGGAAGUAAAAGUCGUAACAAGGUUUCCGUAG